AUGGUGCAUCACUUGGUGUUUUGGUUGGAAAGUUGCAGGGUUGCAGCAUUGCACUGUUCUUGUGGAGGGGAAGCCUACAGGGCAGUCAACACUUGCAGAGGUUAGGCUCUACUGCUUGGGCCUCCUGUGUGAUUGAAGAAGACCUGCACAGCUGGGACUGUCCACUCGUGCCACCAUGAAGCUCUGCAUGCUGCUCACACUUGCGCUGCUCUCGGUGGAACUUCAGAACGGUGUGAGUCAGCAGGUCAGUCAUAAGAAGGAGGCCACUGAGGCCCGCUUCAGACCAGGGCGAAAGAGGAUCAAGGUGCGCUACCCAAAAGGCAAAGAGAAAGACGUCGGAGGAAAACCUCAAUCAAUUCUCACCCAGGUUCUGGACAAAGGCCGUUUCCUACGUCUCGGUGACACUCUAAGUUUGAAUCCUGGGAAGACAAUGGAACUAAGAUGCAAAGGAACCAAGAUUGGCUGGGCAUACCCCUCUUACCUGGACAUCUUUAAUGACCCCAGACUCAGCAUUAAACAGCAUGAGAAGUUUGGUCAGUUGACCCUGACGUCGCCCUCUGCUGCUGAUACGGGAGAGUACAGCUGCUGGGCGGUACUCUGCGAUGGGGAAGAGUGUGAAAAGGACCCGGAUCGCACCUCUACCACCUACAUAUACUUCACAGACAAGGAUGAGCUGUUUGUCCCGUCGGUCAUCCAUUUUGAGAUCGUGUACCUGAGGCCCGACAAGCCAGCCACCGUGCCCUGCCGGGUGACGUCUCCUAAGGCCACAGUCUCACUGCACAGGGAGGUGCCUCCAGAGGAGAUCCUUGUUGAUGGGAGCCUCAUCUACUACAAGCCAUCUAAAGGCUUCAUCCUGCAGAGCCCCAGCCCAGAGCACACAGGAGCCUUCUACUGCAAGGCCAGCAGCACCACCAAAACCACCCCGCAAAUCUCCACAAAGUUCCAGCUACUCUAUGUUGAAGUUCCCAGUGGACCUCCUUUUGCAACUAUUCAGGCUUCGCAAAAACAAGUGCGUGGGGGCGACAUCUUUAAUGUCACCUGCACAGUCCUGGGUGAGCCUGAAGCUGACGUUAGCUUCAGAUGGACUUUUCCAGGCCAGGAAGAAAGACCUGUAAAUAUUCAUGACUCAUGGAGGCUGAUAAACAGAGGUGUGCGCCACACCACUCGCAUCUCCCAGAGUGUCAUGACCGUGGACGACGCGGACACUAUUGACUUUGGACACUACAUAUGCACAGCUAAAAACCCCUACGGAGAGACAUCAGUGGCCACUCGUGUGAACUCAUAUGACCAGCCCCUUCUGAAUGACGAAGAAGGGAAACCAUGAAAACUGAAACAGACUCCAUUUACACCACAGGCAUCUUGCUUCUGGCCUGUAUUGGUGUUGCCCCAUUUAAGGAUUGUAGCCACUGUAAGGGUAGAGCCUAGAAAUGAAUGGCUUUUUGAGAAAAAGCGUGAUGUUUUCAUGUAAUGAGCAGCAACAACAAAAAUAACCUUCGGUGUAAAGUGAUAACUUGACAAACCCUUUUUCAUUGAUUUCAUGCUAUACAUUUUAUAUUGCCUAUGAUCUAGCACAAAAAAAGGGUUGCAAAGCCUUCACAGGCCUAUGCUCUCCUUAUAACCAUUACCUACAUGCCAAUAUCCAUACGGUUCUGUGUGCUCCAUUUGUGUGUUGCUGGCAGCGACCAGAAUGGCUUUGGUGAUGAGCUCAGAGUGGAAAGUGUGCUAAGGCUGUAAUGGACUCCUCAUGUGGAAUGCAGUGCAGACCCUCUGCUUAUUUUGGUUUCACUGUUCACUUCGUGGAUUUCACCGUCGCCUGCACUGGGCUUAGCCAAACCUUCUGCGUUUCUUCAUCUGCGGCUGGCGUCUUCAUUACGUUCAGUCAGCUGCCGUUUGCAUCUGCAUACAGCGCGCCUACAAAUUAAAAUUUCUUAUCAAACGAAAAA